AUGGAAGGGAAAAAUUAUUCAAGAGUCUCUGAAUUCAUCCUUCUGGGACUUUCAAACCAGCCAGAGCAGGAGCAGAUCAUGUUCCUUGUGUUCCUGAUUAUGUAUCUGAUCACAGGGCUGGGGAAUUUGCUCAUCAUUCUGGCCAUCAAGACAGACUCACGUCUGCACACCCCCAUGUACUUCUUCCUUACCAACUUGUCCCUGGUCGACAUCUGCUCCACCUCCACCACCAUCCCCAAGAUGCUGGUUAAUUAUAUAUCUGGGAACAAAGCAAUUCUUUACAUCAGCUGCCUGGCACAAGUCUUCUUCUUCAGUUGGUUUACAGGAAUAGAUAGCAUCCUCCUUGCCUCCAUGGCCUAUGACCGCUACAUGGCUAUCUGUGCCCCAUUACACUAUGCCAUGGUCAUGACGCCAAGGGUCUGUGUCCUUCUGGUAGCAGUGUGCUGGCUUUGGCCAUGUGCUGGUGCCUUGACACAUACUGUUCUGAUGAGCCAACUCUCAUUCUGCGGCCACACUGAAAUCCCUCAUUUCUUCUGUGAUGGCAGUCCCCUGCUAAAGUUGGCCUGUUCAGACACCUUCAUCAAUGACCUGAUGGUCAACAUAGUGGGGUCACUAACGGUUAAUAUCCCUUUCAUUGGCAUUCUUAUCUCCUAUGUGCAAAUUUUUGUGACUGUGCUGAAGAUUCCAUCUACUGUGGGGAAGUGGAAAGCUUUCUCCACCUGUGGUUCACACCUCACUGUGGUCUCUCUGUUCUAUGGGACACUUAUUGGAGUGUACUUCAGCCCCACAUCCACCCACACAGCACAACAGGACACAGCAGCUGCUGUGAUGUACACUGUGGUCACUCCUAUGCUGAACCCUUUCAUCUACAGCCUAAGGAACAAGGACAUAAAAGGAGCCCUAAGGAUGCUCCUCUUUGUGACUAUGAGACAUCCCCAAUAA